AUGAUGCACGCAUCUGUGCCAUGGGGUCAGCGUCUCCCGCUUACUUCUGUGGGCGCACAUCCUUCUCAGCCCCUUCACCGACAGGUUGCAGCAAGAGCUUGCCGCAAGCCAGGGAAUAGCUUGGCUCGAUCCCUGCCAGUGAUAGGGGGCAUGCUGGCAGCCGUAAAGGUUGCCUUGCGGAAUCGUGGAGAUCGCAGAAUCUGUGCUCGACCGAGCCUGCUCCCACGUAGUGUCGAGGGCCGAGAGGCCAAGCCACAAGGCGCGAUGGCGAAGAAGCCCUCCGAAUUGGACGUCAUGAAAGAAGUUAAUGUGGUCACCAUCUCCCAAAGACUUUCGAAGCCAAGUCUAGCAAACGGCUGGACUCUGGUUGGAGAUUUGGGGAUCACCACUGCCGUCGCUCCCUUGCUCAGUAUCGUCUUCCUUCGUGCCCUCGAGCCAGAUUGGUAUCGGCAACUUCCAGACAGUGAUGUUGGCUUCGUUUUUCCCGAGUACUUCCACGGCGUGUUGUAUGGUCUGUGCUGGCUUCUGGGAGGUCUUGCACUUGGUGCUUUCGAGACCAAAGCCGUAAACCCCAAGAACCUCCUGGAGACCAUUCAGCGGACAGCAUGGGCCGCUGUGGCGACAGUUUGGCUGGCAUGCUCAGCCUGGCUGGUUUUAAGGACAAAUGGCUGGCUGCCGGACAGCUAUGCGGCCCUGGGUUAUGUGACCAGCGCAGCCAUCUUGCCGACUUUCCGAGACUUUUUCAUCGACCUCCAGUUUGAGGUGUGGUGUCUUAUUGCGUGGCGGCUGACGCGAGCCGUUUCGGUUGAAGGAUCAGGACUGGAUGCAGAAGGGGAUGAGGACGAAGCAGACGUGGAAGAGUUGGAUGAGCUGGAGGAGUCUGCCCCCGUAUCUCGAAGGCUGCUGCUGGGCGACAUGGUUGUCUCUGGCAUCAUCGUGCCUGCUUUGAUCAUCGUGGUCUUGGCACAGACAGGCGUCUAUACACCCCAGUGGACACUCCUCUGGGACACCACGGAUACCGGUUCAAGCAAAGCUAUACUGGCCCACGGGGCUGUGUUGACAACUUGUUGGUUGAUCGCAGCACUGGCUACCGGUGCCUAUGGCAUUGACUCCGUGAGAAGGACCGAUCUGGCCAAAUUCCUGAAGAGUAUUUGGAAAACCACGGCAGUGACCGCCUUCCUCCUAGCUCUGUGCUCAGUCUUGCCACUUCUCCUCUCCGGUUCAAGUGGCAGCAACGUGACGGACUUCGAUGCUGCUAGAAGGUUUCAAAAGACGUUUUUCGACCUCUUGUGUGACGUGGAGCUGUCAGCAGUAUGUCUCACAACCUGGCGCCUGUACUAUGACCAGCACCGCCAUCCUGUCGCCUGGGCGUCUGGGCGCCUGGCCCUGUUCCGGCAGGCCAACAUCUCGCCCUUAGCCCUGAGCCCCCUGGGCUGGUACAGGACCAGGCCCUUGGAGCCGCCCGAUGCCGUCGAAGCGGCUGCCCGGCUUCAUUUUGCAGGCCUUCAUACCGUGCUUCUCCGGCAUGGCCUGAACUUGGAGAAAUACACAGCAGAUCCCUGCGCUCCACAUGGAAUGGUCCUGACGGAGCUGUUUUCUCUAGCGGACGGAUCCAACAAGCGGGACUCUGUGAUUCUGGGCCUUGUCUAUGCUUUUCUGACACUGCCUUGGGAUCGGCAGUCGGUUCCAGGAUACCUCGACUAUGUCAGCUUGAUGCGGAUGCUGGAUGAUGCUGAUGUCACAGUCAGGGCUUUGGUCUCGGUCUCGCUACGAGUUGCAGAUUUGCUGCCCACAUGCAGGCAGAGGCUUCAGAUGCUGUUUGCUGACAUGGUCGAAGCACGCUGGCCCAAGGCCAGGGCAGUGCUGCUGGCUUUGCAGCGGGCCACGAGCCCAGGAGACACUUCCUGGCCCGGCGCAGCUGAUCUCAUCGGCAGCGUGCUGAACCUUGUGAAGGUCCAUCACGCUGGAUGGCUGUCAUCUGACAAGACUGCUCUGGAGCGGACAUUGCUCUGGACUCUUCGCUGGAUCUCAAUGACUAUGCAGGACGACAAUCUGUUGCAGCUUCUUCUGGAGGUGUCAACAUUGCUGGCGAGAACAGUCAAGGCAGAGUCUGGACACCUCGAUGCCAAUCUGCACUGGGUGGUCAGUUCCUGCGCAAUGAUCCGACAGCUGGACUCUGUCAGAAAUGAGCUUGCGGUGCCCGCGAGCGUGGAACCGGACAAGGACUCCUUGGCUCAUCUCCUGUCACCCAAAGAGUCGGAGCAGAUCCUGUACGUGAUAAAGGCAAAGCCCGAGCACGAGGAACGGAUGCUUGGCUGGUUUCUGAAGCGACACAUCGAGGGCCGUGGACAAGGCAAGCACUAUCAUCUUGCUGAUGUCAUCAUGUACGCUAUCGCUGUGGCAGCAUCUGUCAAUGCCAACCGCCCAACUCUAUGGAAAUACAUGUGGAAGAACUGGUCUCAGCACAGUCAGGUUGGUAUGGUGUUCUGCUAUUUGGCAGCAAGGCCUGGCUACGGCCGAUCCGCCGUCGCACAGGCAUGGGGAGGUCGUGGGAAUGAGACAGAUCAGGAUCUGCUGAAAUUGACAGACUCCGACCCUUCGCUCAAUGCGGUGUUGAGACGCUACAUGUCGGAUGUGCGGCAAAGGGAGACCAGCACAGCUGGCUGCUCUGCUCUGGCAGCCCUGAGCCCACUCAUCGUGGCAGCUACAGCGUUGCUUCUGGAGCUACUUCCUGAGCGAUCUCUGGAGGUCCGGAUUGAUCUUCGAGCAGCCGCACUGGUGCUUGCCGUUGCCGCGGCAUGCUGGACAUCGCUUCAUCUCCUCAAAGACGAAAGGAGGCCUGAAGAGCCAAGCAAAGCAUCAGAUGGGUGCCCAGUUGCCUAG